GCGAGAGGUGGAGGCAGAGGCCUGGAGGCUGCAGGCGCGCGCUUCCGGCUAGUGCGUCGACGUCGGCCCGCUGCAAAGGGCGCCUCCGCUGCCUUUUCUCCCGGGACCGUGAAGUCCGCGGCCCCCACCGUGCUCACUCUAACCGCUCCGAGGCCUUCAGACUCCGCUGGUCGGCACAGGCCGUGACGACAUGAGCAGCAAAGAAGGCUCAGGAGGGUUCAGGAAAAGGAAGCACGACAAUUUCCCGCAUAACCAAAGAAGAGAGGGGAAGGAUGUGAAUUCAUCGUCACCCGUGAUGCUGGCCUUCAAAUCAUUUCAGCAGGAGCUUGAUGCCAGGCACGACAAGUACGAGAGACUUGUGAAACUUAGUCGGGAUAUAACUGUUGAAAGUAAAAGGACGAUUUUUCUCCUUCAUAGGAUUACAAGUGCUCCUGAUAUGGAAGAAAUACUGACUGAAUCAGAAAUUAAGUUGGAUGGUGUCAGGCAGAAGAUACUCCAGGUAGCCCAGGAGCUCUCAGGAGAAGACAUGCAUCAGUUCCAUAGAGCCAUCACCAUGGGACUACAGGAAUAUGUGGAGGCUGUCUCUUUUCAACAUUUCAUCAAAACACGAUCGUUAAUCAGUAUGGAUGAAAUUAAUAAACAGUUGAUAUUUACAACAGAAGACAAUGGGAAAGAAAACAAGACUCCCUCCUCUGAUGCACAAGAUAAGCAGUGUGGUACUUGGAGACUGAAAAUCACACCUGUUGAUUACCUCCUGGGAGUGGCUGAUUUAACUGGAGAAUUGAUGCGGAUGUGUAUUAACAGUGUGGGGAAUGGGGACAUUGAUACCCCCUUUGAAGUGAGCCAGUUCCUACGUCAGGUUUAUGACGGGUUUUCAUUCAUUGGCAACACUGGACCGUACGAGGUUUCUAAGAAGCUGUAUACCUUGAAGCAAAGUCUGGCCAAAGUGGAGAAUGCUUGUUAUGCCUUGAAAGUCAGAGGCUCAGAAAUUCCGAAACAUAUGCUGGCAGAUGUCUUUUCAGCUAAAACAGAAAUGAUUGAUCAAGAAGAGGGCAUUUCUUAGAAAUGCUCUACUCAGUUAUUCUCUUGACACUCCUAAGAGACCAAUUUAUAAGACUGUUAUUUGGUAUUUCAUUUAACUUCAUUGUGGCUUUUAAAUAGAAAUGUUUUCAGGUGUAUUUGUUUUAAAUUGUAUACAAGCUGUAUAUAAAAGUAUCUAAAUGAGUAAUUUCUUAUAUCUUAUUCAUGAAAGUUUGCAUAAGUGUGCAAGUGUUGGCAUAGAUGCCUAUUUGAAUUUUUGCUGGUUAACGUUUGUGUAUCUUUGUAAUGUGAACGUGCUUUUCUGCAGUCUGUUUUAAUGUACUUUGUGUGAAUUUGGAGUGGUCAUUUUUUGUGGAUGCCAUUUAUAAUUUAAGUUGGUGGUUUUGUUAUUUAUAAAGAUUUCUUAGUUAGACUUCUGGACUUGAGCUUCCUGUUUAAAUUUUUCAAUAAUACUGUGCCAAGAU